UUUAUGCUAGGUCAGUAAUGGAGUAAAUUGUUCAGCAUCAACAAAGUUUCAUCGGGAAUAUCGUAACAUUAAACGAUGGACAAGCAGUCGGUAGUUGUUUAUGCAGCAAAGAGGAGCAUGGAUCUAUGAACUCCCAAACUGUUGAACUCACAUGUGUAAAUCUGCAUGCUUCAUGCUGGAAGGCUGUAGAGUGAGCCAGGAUGCCAGAGAUAGUACAGAAUCAAACGAAAAACUUAAAACCGCCACGGCGGAAGAAAAACAAGGAGAUUCAUAAUGCAGUGGAAAGACAUCGUAAAGAGAAAAUCAAUGCUGGUAUAAAUCGGAUUGGAGAGCUUUUGCCUUGCUCUCAGGCCUUGAAACAGAGUAAAAAUAUGAUUCUGGGAGAGGCUUUUCGUUACAUCACUGAGCUAAAGAGACAAAAUGAUGAAAUGCUGCUUAAUGGAGGAGAAAAAGUCCAAGCGGAGGAGAUAAAUCGCUUGCGGAACCAGGUGGAUGAGCUGCGCAAGGAAAGCGCUCAUUACAUUGAGCUCCUCAAAGCUAAUGACAUAAGUUUUAUGGAUGAUCCCACUAUACACUGGAAAGGGAAGCAGCGAUGUGCAAAAGUAGCCAAAGUCACUCCGACUCACAUGAUAUCAAAGGGAAUUAUCGUCUACUCCAAUGGCAACAACAGCUGUCCCACAAGCAAAGUCUUGAUUCCACCCAAUCCAGUUUCCAAUCUCGAUAAACAGCCAUUAAAUGCUGUCACAGUACAACCUUCAUGCGAUAUUUCAUUGGGCGCUGGCCAGACUUUUGGUAUUACGAAUGGAGCACCAGUAAACAAUGUUGUAGUCACCACUGCAUCUUCUCACAUACCUGUUGCAACACUUAUUCCUGCUGUCUCUAAGCCAUGUCUUACAGUUGUGGAACAAUAUUCUCCUCUGGCACCUACUACUCCAAAGUUAAACCCUCCUAUGAAUUAUAUUACUCUUCAAGGUUUAUGUCCCCAACCUGCUGUCAGCACCCCACUCCUUCCACAACUUCAACCAGAUAACCCAACCCCUAGUCUCACUUCGGCUACCUGUCCAGCUGUGCCCCUUAGACUUCAGCAUAUGCUUAGCCUAUCUUCACUGCCUCAAGUUGUGAUGAGUAACUCUGUGGUUCCUGUUGCUGCAACUAGCACCACACUCUCACAAAACUGUGAAAUUCAAUCUGUGAGCACUAUAUUACCAGCAACCGCCACCCUUCUUGGAACCAGUGCAACUAGUAGCACUCAGACUACAUGGACAACACUACAACUUGCUGGAAAUACAGUGCAACCUGUUUCUCAAGCACUGGUCCCAGAUGGUGCCAACAUUUCACAUAACCCUCAGCAAUUGUCUGUAUGUUCGCUGGGGACAAAACACCAUGAGGAGCCUGUAUCUAUCCAUUUGCAGCAACAGAAUCCCAUGCAACUGCACGCUUCUGCACCAAAUUGCAUUUCUGUUCAGCCAUCUGGGCCAAAACCUCAGCUAUAUUCGGCUGUUAUGCCAUGCCCUCAGGCAGCAGUAGCACAACAGUCUUCAAUUUUAUCUGUGCCAGCCAUUGUAUCACAAGCUUUAGUAGUCCAUCAGCCUUCUGUUGAAACGCAGACAGCACAUUUGACCCACCCACAAUCAUGUGUUCGGGCACAACCUGCAUUAUUACCAAAACCUCAGCUCGGUUCCACUCUGACCACCUGCAACCCCACCAUUCAACCUAAAACUCCAGGUCAACCUGCUGUGCCAUGUCAGCCUCAUUCCCAACCUACAGUGGUGCCCCAAGCUCCAUCUGCCAUUGUGCCUCAGCUGCAUCUCAGCGUGGUGCCUCAAGCUCAGCCAGUCAUAAAUCCACCAACUCAGCCUGCCCUUGUGCCUCAACCACAAGCUGCCACACUGCCAAUGUUACAGACAAUGCAGUUAUUGCAGGUGAAUUCUGAAGAAACACCAGUGGCUGUGACUUCAUCUCCUCCAAGUAACUCGCAUGUUGUUAUUCUGCAACAGGGAAGCUCAUGUCCAACACCACAAGUUAUCAGAGAGGAUGUCACUAAUCAAACACCCUGCCAGCAUAUUGUCAUAAUUCAGGCACCUACUUUGACACCUGCACCACACCACAGUCAUCACACUGCCAUUGUGUCAAAUGCAACCCCAACUUUAUCAAGUCAUGCAUCUACUUCAAACCCCAUCUGUACUGCUAGCAUGCAGGCAGCUGGAACAAAGCAGUUGGUACAUAUUCUUCCACGCCCUUCAACCCAAUUGCAAGCACAAGCACCUCAUACUAUCACUGUGAAUGGACAAGUAUAUGUUCUGCAGCCAGCAAAAUCACCAGAAAAAGGAAACUCUCUGUCUAGUCAAAGUGUAGGUCCAGUCCUUAAGCCCACCUGUGAGGAACCGACCUCCAAUGUUACCAUGAAUUGUUUAGGUGCCCUAACCAGUCUUAGUCAGAGCAUUUCAAAGGUAUCAAGUCAAAGCAAUGUGCAAAUAUAUACCAUUACUCCACCUUCGUACACUACUGUUCAACCUCUUUCAACAUGUGGUUCAGAAGUCAGCCCUUCUACUGAAACGGUUCUUUCUGCAUCUGUUCCUGCAUCAUCAUCAUCAGCUGCUGCUGGUAGUGCAGUUAAAACUCAGCCCAAAAAAAGUUGUGGAACAUCUGGAAAUCAAACUAAACAAAACGCAGUGAGGAAAACUAAAUUGGUUAAGCGAAAGGAACUUAAACCUGGGCGAGGUUUGCGUAGAACUGCUGUCAAAAGUAAAGCACUUGUUGCAAAUGAUUUAUGUACUGAGUUAUCCACUGUAGUCACCAGUGCAAAUUCUUUAAAUAAAAAUAUGGUUAGUCAUGAUGCUAACUUGCUUAGUUCAUCUACCUCCAACAGUGUUAUUUCCACAUGCGGUAGUUGUAUUGUCACUAGCGUCAGUUCCUCAAGUGAACAAUCAGCAGUAAGUUCUGUCACCUCUUCAUCGAAUGUAUCCAUUGUCAAGCCCUCAUUGGCUGUUGGAGAAGGUUUAAAGACAAAAGCAAAAUCCACAGAUGCUGUCCACUUGCAUGACAAUGUAAACGUUAGCAGUGUCAAUUCAAUAUGUUCCACUCAGAGUGAUGUGGUUGUUUCUAUAAUUGGUGAUAGCUUGAGUAAAGGAAUCUCAAAUACAGGUAAUGGUCCCCAGCUUAAUUGUUCAGCAGUUAGUUCUUCUGUCUAUACCCAGAGUAGCUCUGUGGAUACUGUUGUAACUUUAUCAGUUGCUUCAUCAGAAAUUCAUGUUAACUCUUCAUGCAGUGUGACAAAUUGUAGUGAAACUACCAGUCAGAAUAAGGUUACAAACAUUAAUAGUGUUUGCGCCAGUAGUGAAAGAAGGUUAACAGAAUCAAGACCUAGUUUUAAAGAGAGUUCCACUUCAGUGACCAAUGUAAACUCUGCUCAAGACAAUUCAAAAAUUAAAACUGUCAGUUCUGAUCUUUGCAAACCCCCAGUAUCAAGUAAUAUUUCCUCACCAAGUCAAUCGACAAGUAUCAGUGCUAAUUCAGUGGAUAACAGGCCAGUGGUUUCCAUCAUGCCAAGUCAGGCAAUUUCACAAACACAAGAGAAGUAUAGCAAAAGAGACAAGUUAACUGACACUCCUCAGAUUCAGGCAUCAUUUGAUGCAACGUCAACUCCUGGUUCAGACACCUCUUUGUCAACUCAACCUGUUCCUCUUUCAGAAACGUCAAGGACUUCAGACCCUUUCAAGUCCCUAAAACGACCAUCCUCAAUGAAUAUGCCCAUGCCAACCACUAACCAAGGGAACUGCACAGACAUCAAGGUGCCUGAAUCGAAUAUGAACACACAACCCUGCAAGGGUGGACAAUCUGAUGAUGCCACAGAAAAGAUUGUGACAGAAAUGGCUGCUUAUGGUCAAAAAGAAACAGUUCCUCCACAACAAGUAUGUACUUUGGAAAAUGAUUCCUUUGAGCCUCCACUGGGAACUAGUAGACAGACAGACUCUCCUUUGGCAGGAGGUUCAGGUGGCAGAGGGUUUUCUGUUGCAUCAUUGCUUCCAGCAGGCCACAAUAUCAGCGCUUCUUCAAGUACAUUUGGUGCUUUCACCUUCACAUCGGAGCAGGCUGAAAUUUUAGCAAUGGCUGCAAGAGCCAUAUUUGAACAGGACAGCCCAAGUAAGAGGGCUGCUGGAUGCAGUGUUGACAUCCCAGGUACUGCUGCCACAGGAUGGGACCUUCCAAAAAUUCAACCAACUUUGAACAAGGAUAAUGUGACUGACCAGCAGGUUAAACUGACAGAUCAGGCAGAUUUACCCAUGUCAAAAAAUUCAUCUCAGGUCUCUACUCAAGUUCCUCCAAUUGAGCCGUUAGCCAGCAGCACUACUGGCAUCAGACUUCCACAGAGCAUUGCUUACUCACAGUCUCAGCCUAGUACUGUCACAAGCCUUAAUGUUAAUAACCUCAUCAGACCAAGCUCCAACCAACUUUACCCAGGGUCACCCAACCUUGCACAGCAGGUGUCUACUUCAUCAUCAGGGGGUGCAGCCAUUAUGGUGUCUCAGUCUUCCUCACAUAUUCCCCCUAUAUGUUCUGGCCCUUCUCAACCUAAUGAAUAUGCACCUUUAAAGAAUGUAUUGAUGCGAACAAAUGUUGGUGUUGGAAUGGUUGAACGUCAUCAGAAGGAUAUCCCAAAAAGGUCUGCCCAGGAUGACCUUAUUCUUCCAAAUAAGCGUUCAAAAUCAUGCACAGCAGGGAAUGUUGCAAGAGUUGACAUAAAGACUAAUGAUCAUGUGCAAAUGAUGGUUGGACAGAUGCCCUCAAGUACUUCUGCAGUUAUGCCAAGGAAUCACUCUGAUGGGGUUGGGGCUCUGUUUUCUGGUAAUACUUUUAUGAGUACUGUGCUCCGCCCCACUGAAAGACACUGCUUGACCCAGGUCCCAUCACAUGAACAAAAUCAGCCGAGCGUGGUGCACCUGCAGCAAGGGCAUGCACAACAUAAUUCUCAACAGUCUGGGCAAAACUUGGGUGGAAACCCCUACCUCAAACAUCAACAACAGCAAGAACAAAGACACCUCUACCAGCUUCAGCAUCACCUGACACAACCAGAAUCUCAGAUCCACAGUAUUCAUCAGAGGAACCUGCUGCAAGACCAGCAUGGGCAGAAGAAAAGAGGAGUAGUGCGUAGUGGGCAGACUGGGCCAAAUGUUGCUUUGCAGAAGCAACAUCAUUUGGAAAAAAGUGGAGUGCAGCAGCAACAUCAGCAACAACAGCAGCAGCAUCAACAACAACAACAAUCCCAGCAACAUCAACAGCAGCAGCAGCACCAUCAACAACAGCAGCAAUCACAGCAGCAACAGCAGCAAAAAGCACAACAGAUUCAACAGCAGCAACAGUCACACCAACAACAACAGCAGCAGCAAAUGCCACCACAGAGUUCACAUUCUCGUCAUCAGCACAUUCAGCAGCAGAUUCAGCAACAGCACUUUGGAGCUAGACAGGACAAAAACUGUGAGGCCCAACAGGCAGGUCAGAGGGUACAUCAAAACACUCACUUGGUUCAGCAGGAGCGUCCACCUGGACAAGAUCAUGGGACUAUGCAAAGACUAAUGGGGUCUCGCUCAAUGGAGCAGCAGUUGACCUCUCAGGCUAGCAAUUCUGUUUCUCGUUCAUCAGAUCUUACUUGCACUUCAUCACGUCAAGAGCGUCACCGUCUCUCUAGUUACUCAGCUGAGGCUCUAAUAGGGAAGACUCCAGUGACUGGUGAACAACGUAUGGGUGUACACCUGCAGGCACCUCGAAACAAUACACAGGACCAGUCGGAAUUACGAGGCUAUGUAGACUCAUCACGUGGUAAAGGUAACAUCGCUCACAAUUCUCAAAGUAGGCUACCACCUGACCAUACUAAUACGACAGACAUUCAAAGAAUACCUGACUGUGGACCUUUCAAAGCUUUGGUCAGUGGCCAUCAGCUAAGUAACUUCGAAGUGCAAGUGUCUCGAAGUGGUGACAUGUCCAGCAAGUCUGUACCUCAAAUCCAGAGGGGUCCUCAGCCACAAGCAGGUUUCAGAAUGGGUGCAGGGCCUACUGGGGAUGGGCGUUCACGUGGGACAUAUUCAGUUCCUCAAGGAGUGCACCUUGGACCAGGAUUGACAAGAGAACAGGAAGGAUGUCACCAAAGCUUUAUGCAAAGCCUUCUGGCACCUCACAUUCCUGAACAAAAUGUGCACCAAAGGGCAGUUCAGGGCUGUACUCCAGUGAGUGUUGAAUACAGUUGUGUUCCCGGGGCCUCUGCUGGAGAUCUUCAGGCUAAAUCUUCUAGUCCUAAUUUGCACGCUGCACAGAAAUCUGCUCCUAUACGCCUAGGGGACAACAGCAAAGGCCAUAUUUCUCAGGUCAGCACAAAUUUACAUGGUCCACCUCUGAGGACAGGUCCACCCCAUCCCUCAACACCACACAGCAGUUCAGACACAGGACGCACUCAAGGCUCAACCCGGUCACUCUCUGUUAGUCAACGGCCUCAUCAUAUUGGACCAGAUCCACAAAGCACAAAGAUUCGUCCAGGAGAUCGACCAAGGUCAGGCAACUUGAGACCUGGCAAUCCUUUUGAACCCGAAAGUACCUUGCCUCUUCCAUCAAGUGGAGGAGUAAUCCUUGGUCGUACACAGACAGGGAGUGAAACGAGAAGGAGUAGCAUUGUGCGUUUUAUGGCAGAUGGUGCACAAGUUAGCAGUGACAACAAUUUGGGGUCUGAUCGUUGUGCAGUGUCCGAUCUCACCCAGAACUUUGGUUUUCCUUUUAUUGCUGAAGGAGGAAUGAAUCCACCACCUCCCAUUAAUGCCAACGCAUCUUUCAUCCCACCGGUCACCCAGCCCAGUGCCUCUCGUACCCCAGCCCUCCUUCCUGUGGAACCUCAAAACACGUUGCCUUCAUUUUAUCCCUCAUAUUCCCCUGCAGCUCAUCCUAGCCUUCCAAGUGAGAUUCCAUUACAGUAUUUUUCAAACCAGAUGUUUACAAGUCCAAGCACUGACAAGAGCGGCAGUGCACCACUGAACAAUCGCUUCGGUUCAAUUCUCUCUCCCCCUCGACCUGUGGGUUUUGCACAGGCCAGCUUCCCACUUCUCACAGAUAUAACACCAAUGCCGAUUGCAAACUCUUCAGGCAUCACACCUCAUUUAUCCAACUUCAACCUGACCUCUUUGUUCCCUGAAAUUGCCACAGCAAUGCCUCCAGAUGGCUCCUCGAUGCCGAUGUCACCUUUAUUGUCUCUUGCCAACACUACUUCUUCAGACUCAAAUAAACAAUCCAAUCGGCCAGCCCACAACAUCAGUCAUAUCCUGGGACAUGAUGGCACCUCUGCUGUUUAAGGUUACAGCAUUUAAACACACUUUUGAAUUAAAGGCACUCACCUUUCCAUAGGUUUUACCAUGGUGAUGGUAUAGAGCAGGGGUGCGUAAACUCGGUCCUGGAGGGCCGGUGUUUUAAAUAUUUUAGUUACAACCCCAAUUAAACACACCUGAACCAGCUAAUCAAGCUCUUUCUAGGUAUACUAGAAACUUCCAGGCAGGUGCGUUGAAGGAAGUUGGAGCUAAACUAUGCAGGACACCGGCCCUCCAGGACUAAGUUUGGGCACCCCUGGUAUAGAGGCUUUUAAUUCCUUAAAAGCAAAUAAAGCUCCCAAGUUAGGAUCACACUUGAACUAUGGGGGGAGGGAGUGAAAUGUUGCAUUAUGUUUGUUAGCUUUUGAUGGUUUAUUCGCUUGGGUCUUUUGGCUGAUACUUUGGACUAUCAUGGUUCUACAUGAUGUGUAACUUGUUUAUUUUUCCUAACAGCUCCCGUUUGUUUAACAGAGACAUAUGGGUCUGCGAGUUUAACUCUGUAGCAACAAUGAAAUGUUACAGCAAAAAAGGUUAUAAUUUUGCAUUCAAUGCUAAAGUAGUAUAUGGUAGUAUUCUAGCUGUUUUGUAAAAUAUCAGUUGUUUUUCAAAUGUUUAAAAUAUUUUUCCUUCUUUAAAAUGCUCUCAUUCCAGAUGGACUUUGACUUAUUUAUAAAAAUUGAUAUGUGCUCUGUAGAUAUUUGUAAAAAUGAGAAGUUAUUAAAGUUUCUAUCUAAUGUAA